UCCUUGGUAGAAAUUGCUGGACGCUUUUGGGAGUUUCGCAGUUUGUCUUCUCUGAACGCGGAGACUACAUAGCAGUUAGGAUGCCGCGUGGAAGCCGUAGCCGCACUUCCCGGGUGACUCCUCCGGCUAGCCGGGCCCCUCAGAUGAGGCCUGCUCCCAGAAGAGCUCCUGCAGCUCAGCCUCCAGCAGCUGCUGCACCAUCUGCAGUCGGCUCACCUGCUGCUGCACCCCGGCAGCCAGGCCUGAUGGCCCAGAUGGCUACCACUGCAGCCGGUGUGGCUGUGGGCUCUGCAGUGGGGCACACCCUGGGUCACGCCAUCACUGGGGGCUUGAGCGGAGGUGGGAAUGCUGAGCCUGCAAAGCCUGACAUCACUUACCAGGAGCCGCAGGGAGCCCAGCUGCAGAACCAGCAGUCUUUUGGACCUUGCUCUCUAGAGAUCAAGCAGUUUCUGGAGUGUGCCCAGAACCAGAGUGAUGUGAAGCUCUGUGAGGGCUUCAACGAGGUGCUGCGGCAGUGCAGGAUUGCAAACGGUCUCAUCUAAGCAAGAAGUUCAAGCUGAAGAAAUGUAAAAUUGGUUCUGUAUAAUUGAUAGUAUAAGUGUGGACUUACUUCUAACAGCUCCAUUGCUUCAGAAUGGCUAUGAAAGGGAUCUGCCUAGAGAUGUUUACUGAGGCUUGUAGUGUUGGUUACUGGGCAAAUAUUUGGCCUCCUUGAACUUGACUGUAUUGUGGUUGUGAGUUUAAAAAAAUAAAUUGGUUUAUUCUGAAA